GGAUCCACUUCCGGUUUCUGGAAGUAGCUGUCAGACUCCAGUAUCUUUUUGAAACGGGGAAGCGUUUCAUCAGCAGCUCGGCAGCUUCGUGCAGCUACUGUCGAUUAAUAAUAGUUCACUUUGCCUUUGUUUUGCGAAACGCCGCCAGCAACCAGACACCGCGCGCCGUCGGCAGCAGCAGCAGGCGGUCAGAGAGAGCUUUAGUAUGAGCGAAGGAGACGUGUUUCACGAGAAGCAACGUCUGGAGCUGUGCGCCAUCCAUGCGCUCAACAACGUGCUCCAGGAGCGGGUGUUCACCAAGGAGACCGCCGAUGACAUCUGCAAACGCCUGGCUCCCCAGUGUGUGGUGAACCCUCAUCGCUCGUUGUUGGGUACGGGAAACUAUGACGUCAACGUCAUCAUGGCGGCCCUACAGAGCCGGGAACUGGCUGCCGUGUGGUGGGACAAACGCAGAACGGUUCAGAGCCUCUGCAUGCCGAAGGUCCAGGGCUUUAUUCUUAACGUCCCCUCCCGGGUAUCUCUGGGGAUCGUGUUCCUCCCACUUCGACGGCGACACUGGCUCGCGGUUCGUCAAGUGAAUGGACAGUACUACAACCUGGACUCCAAACUGAAAAGCCCCGUCUGUAUCGGGGGAGAAGCAGAACUAAGCACAUUUCUCAGCGAACAGCUUUCUCAGGACGUGGCAGAGAUGCUGCUGGUUGUUCGGCGGGAGGUGGAGGAGGACGGCUCAUGGCUGAACACUGACAACCCCAUGGAGUGACGCUUCGGGACGGGACAGAUCGUUACAGAGUAUGGGACUUUAAAAAAUUAAAUUAAAAAAAGAAACACCUCAGUACAGAAAACUCUUCAGGGAAUGCACUAAAAGACAUUCGAUAUCUACGCCCAGGAAAUUCCAAAGAGAAGCAGAGACCGGCGUUUACUCCUGAGAUAGAGAACUGUUUUGGUUGUAACAGAUGAUAUGCCCCAUGUAUAUGCAUCGUCCUUCACUUAAUACCUUUGUUUUGAACACUGGGAAGGUGUAUCUAAGCUGACAAAGUUUGAAGCAAAUGUGGGCGUGAUUGAUGACACUCGAGUUGUGUCUUAUGACUGAACCGUUGCAGGUUCACGGUGGAGAGAUUGCAGUGUUCGUGCAUGAACAAUCCAUUCUGCAAUAAGGACAGCUCUCCUACUUUGAGUACAAAAACAUAACCAAGAUCAAAAUGGUUUAGCUGUCGUAGACUAUUACAAUCAAGUCGUCCAAAUCAGAUCAAUAUGUGCUGUGGCUACAACGGUCAUGUCAAAAUGUAUCAGUUAUCCAUCUCUAACACGACCAUGAUGGUAAACCUCCUAUGCACUGCAGUUAGCACUGUUUGUCUGUGUGUCUGUGUGUGUGUGCUCACAGACACGGGUGCUGUGAAGGCAUCACCUCGUGAGGCAUUGAAGGACCGCCAGUGUCUUUGCACGGUUUCAUCCGUUAACUACUGCGUAGCGUGCCACGGUGUGUUUGGUUGUCUUCCUGGCUGCCUUUGUUCUCCUCUCAUUUUGCUUUCGAGUUAACAAAAAAGAAAAGAAAAAAAUGGUUUGCAGAGAUUUUCAUAUACAGCUGAAUGUGCAUUAGGAAGCUUUGACAAGUGAAAAGCAGACAGGACUUUGUUUGGGAAGCAUUUACCAUUUCUUCCAGGUCUCAUGUCUCUCCAGGUUGAGUUUGACAGUUUUAUCAUGAAUGAAAGAAGAUAGAAUGUUCAUUUUGUUUACAUCUGAAAGGAAAGGUUUCUGUAAAAUCACGUUGUUUUUUUAAUAACUAACAUGCAAAAACACUGGUUCUGUGACUGUAUGUAACCUUUGUGUUUGUCUCGUCUGUUGAUCUAUGCAUAUCCAGAAUAAUAGGAGCCCUGUCUCUGGUACACACCAGUGACUAUACUCAUAAACCUCAGCUCAGAGGGUCGUAAUAGUGAAAGUUAUUUAUAUUAAACGUUGACCUCUUGUUUUAAGUAUGAA